AUGAUUGCCCGGAACUUGCUCGGCUUGACCAAGCGUUCUGCUCAAAUCGCCGCCGUGCGUAAUGUCCACAAAGCCACGGAAGGUACUCCUCCAAUGCGCUUCAUCAGUGUUCCUGUAAGUUUUGGAUUUGUGUGUUGCGAUUUUUAGGUAGAUUUGCUGUCUUUAAGACGGGAAGAUUGUUGAACUUGAGUCGUUGAUGUCGUAAGUGUAAAGAAGAAUAGUAUGCUAAUAGAAAUUGCGAAUUGUAAUUUCGAAGGAAGAUAGUGUAUUACCUUAGUUUUGAAAGCUCUUCGGCUUUAUUUUGGAGUUUUUUUGGAAAGAUAAAUUGUUUUAGGUAGGCUCUAUAACAAAAAUUUUUUACGGAGCUCAAAGUUUAUAUUUUUAUUCAUUGCAGGAGAAAGUCGCUACCUACUUGUUCAUCGCCUUCACUUUCCUCUCCUACCCGACCUACGUCAUGUUCAGAUUGGACAGACUUCGCCCCAAGCCGGACAAUGAGCUGUCGCCGGAAACCCAGGCUGCCCUCGAGGAACAUCGCGCCGCGCGUUUGGCUCGCUCCCACUAG